UGCUUAAGCCGUGCUAAGAUCCCAGCACUCGUAUCUAUCUAUACACAUAUGGGAGUAAGAAAGAUACUGAACCGAAAAAAAAAUAUCUGAAAUCAACUAAAUCCGCACUCGCGGUUAGUUCGAGUCUGGAACUGGAAAAGCGUGGACUGAACGGGUCGCCUCAGUUUAGAUACUUUAGUUAGCACUUGCAAAUAGAUGUAUCUUGCGCUCUAGUACUUCGGUCAAGUAUUUCGCGCACUCAACUGAAAUUUUGUGCAGAAGAGAAUUCUGAAUGUAAAUUUGCAGAACAGCUUUGUUGUUGGGAGUUAAUUCUAAUUUUUUUUUUAUUGUGAAAAAUCUUAUGUAUUAAUGUAAUAUAGUUUACGUAUCUACGCUAACUUGCCAGAUAAUUGAAGUUCUACUAUUGUCGUGAGUCACGUCAGUUGCGAAUACUGCAUUUGAGUGCAAAGUGGUGACUAAGGCCGGAAUCUUAUUGUUGAGGAAAUCUAAGUAUCUGUUUAUAAUCGCCCAUCAAUUACCGAGUGGAAAGCUGCACCUGUGAUCGUUCAUACUGCGCACAGUAAUUACUGCAACUGCCAUUGCAAUACGAGUAUCUGUUCGGUAGUUAAAAGUGAAAAAGAAUCAUUUCCGUCCGUUUGGUGCGUGCGUGCUUGUUCGUUUUGCUUUGCGGCAUACGAAAAGAAAGAGCGAAAAAUUUUUGUUCCGGUGUUUAGUGAAGAAACGAAUUUCACUUGAGGAUUAACUGUGCAGUAUCUGAUUUUUUUUCGGCGAGCUAUUAGUAUAUGUCGACUUCAGGGACAUAAUAAUUCCAUUCCGCCAAAAUAGCUUCCUACUAAGUUACGUCCAAAAUGCUUAAACAAAUCCUACGAGAUAUGUACGUAGACCCGGAAAUUCUAGCGGGUCUAGAUGAAACGUACAAACAAACUUUAUUCUGCAAAAUGCGCGAGGAACAAGUGCGGCGUUGGCGAAUAUGGGACGAAAAACAACAAAAAAUGGCAUCUUCCAAAUCAAAAGACUCAAACAAGAACAGAAUCAAGCGCCAUGUUGAUUUCCGCGUAGGAGAUGAUGGUGAACCAUGGGUUUGGGUUAUGGGAGAGCAUCCAGAUGAUUUGUCUAUCGAAGAAAUUUUAGAGCGCGAAGCAAAGGAUAAAGCCAGACAAUUAGCUGAGAAGGAAUUUCGAAAAUCCGUUGAAGCCCAACUCUCAGACAUAAUAGAUUUUGAUAAUAAGAAAAAUAAGAUAAAUGAGGCCGAUCUCGAAACUCCAAAAAUUGAGGAUAUGGAAAUUUAUUGUUCAGUCGAUGAAUUGAAAGAACGAAUGAAGCCACAAAUUCCACAACAUAUUAACGAAAUCCAACACAAUGCUUAUAAUAAUCGUCUUAAUACCUCACCUAGUAGCCGCACCAAUAAAAUUGAUGUUCUUCAAGAGAUCACUUAUAAUAGACCAAAACCGUCGGCUAAAAUAGCAGCUCGAAUCGCACAAUGGGAACAAAGAACUAUUGGUCAGAGAACUACCGAGAUCUUCAAACAAAUUCAACAGAAGAAACAGGAAACUGUUAAGGAAGCGGAGGAAGCUGCUCGAAAAGUCGAAGAACAUUGGAGGGAGCAAGAACGUAAAGCGAAGGAAGCAGAGGUUCAAAUGCGCGAAAUUGCACGUCGCGCUCGUGAAGAACACAGAAAAUCCAUCCUGGAUGAUAACUCCACGAAUUCAAGUCCAGCCGCUAGUCUCGAUAUCGCUGUACCACGUCCACCGAACCAAGAAGCAGUUGUGCAAUGGUAUCGAAAUACGGAGUUUCCCAAGCGUACUGGCAUCGAUCCAAGUGGAAAAUUGGAAAAAUGGUUUCAUGGUCUACUGAAUAGAAACGACGCCGAGGCUCAGCUUGCUAACGAAGAACAAGGAACAUUCCUAGUUCGUAUUUCAGAGAAGAUUUGGGGUUAUGCCAUCUCAUAUAAGGAUGUCGACCGUUACAAGCACUAUUUGGUUGAUGCCAGUAACGGAAAGUAUCAGUUUUUAGGCCAGAACCAACUGACACAUAACAGCCUUAGUGAUCUCCUUAAAUAUCAUUCAACUGUUCCUAUCACAAUACUUGGUAACGAACUCCUGUUAAGAUCGUGCUCAAAUAAUGGCCAUAUUCCAGCCGUUCUAGAAGGGCUUGUGUAAAACCUAAGAAUAUAGAAUUUAAGAUUUUUUUUAAUAAAUUUAUGGAUUUCACAUAUACAAUCGAAAUUGUGUAUAUCUAAGUAUCCGUUAAUGUCGGGAAAGUAUCCUGAAUACAAGGAACAAAUGUUCUGUAAUCAUUAUUUAGCUCCAAAAGUAUCUUAUCACUGAAGACGCCGCAAUUGUUCAGAAACACAUACGAUUUCGGUGAAUAUUUAGAUAGAUUUCCUUAGACUAUUAUUUAUGGCUGUUACAAUCAGUUAUCGAUCUUUUUGUGAAAACCGUUAACUGGUUACGGAUAGGUGUACACCAGUUGUUUAUUGAGGAUAUGUUUUCACAUUUCAGCUCGAACAAAAUACAUAGAAACUAGAUACCCGUAUCUGUACUAGAAAAAAAGAUAGUGCCGCUUCAAAUGUAAAAAAAUGUGAAACUUCAAUGACUGAAAAUUCACCAAUUGAUGAAUAAUUUUCAUUUAUUAGUAAUAUAAGUAAUAAACAUUUAUUUACUUACAUCAAUUCAGUUGAAUUUGUUGAUUCAAACAAAUUUAUCUUGAAUAGUUAUUCGAAGUGAAUUUUAAGUUAAUAUCUUAAUAUUAUAUUUUAUGCAUAUUCAAACUCAACUUUGAAAAGACGCAAAAUAUCAAUUUUUUGUAUUUGUAUUUGAUUUUUAUUUAAUUUUUGACAUUGAAAAGCAACCACGCAUUUUAUUUGUGAUUCUUAGACGUUGCAACUACCCGUGAAAGCUAUUUGAAUAUUUGUGUGUUUUAGCCAGUUAGUAUUUUAAAAUGAUAAUAAAAUGAUAAUGAUGACGAAUUUGUUAUGAAAGCGAUAGAUCAAAUGGAAUAUGAACCAAUAAAUUAUUUUGGUGCUCUUUUUUA